UAUAGGCAGAAUCAAAGAUAGAGAGAUUAGAGAGGUUUGAUAAUAAUGUCUGCAGUUGAUGAUGAAAGAAGAUUAUAUGAAUGUGCAAGGAAGUACCAAAUCAUUGUGAAACAGUUUGAUCAAUUGAUUGAGAUGAUGGACAACAAGACGAAGGCUACAAGAUUGUCGAAACGAAGGCGAAAGUCCUCUAGCCUAAGAGCAAGCGAUUCGUCAACCAUUGCGGCUCAGCCAACUCCAAGUUGUCAGCAAAAUUAUAAUGAUGACGAUGCAUUUGUGCAAACCAUUACAAGAUUUCUCCAUGAACUGAGGACCGAUCCAAGUGAAUUAGAUAGUUCGACUUGUACCUAAAACUAAGACUAAUUUAUUUAUGUUAUCAUCUUAAAUUCUAAUAUGAGAUUGUGUAACA